GUUCUCAGUCCAGAGGCGAUGGAAAACUACAAAUCUUUGGAAACUCAUAAAUUUUUUGUCUCUGGAUGGGUACAGACAUUGUUUCAUAUGUGGUUGAAGCCUGGAUACUUCUUAGCUAAAUGUGAAGUUAAGCCAUCGUAUAGAACGAAUGACAAACCCAAUUAACCUUGGGUUGCUCUGAAUCAAUCAGGAUCUGUGUUAGCUGCCCAUUGUUCAUGCAUGGCAGGGCUUGGGGAAACAUGCUCACAUGUAGCUGCAACACUUUAUAAGAUAGAAGCAGCUGUGCGUCUUGGUCUAACAACCCAGACCCCAACUGACGUGCCAUGCCAAUGGAAUCAAAUUUUACAAAAGAUGUUAAUCCUUCUCCAGUUGCUUCCAUUCAAAUGUAUUCACCCAAAUUCAAGGCACCAUAUCGACAAAAAGAAUUGCCACGAAAUCCGACUGAAUUAGAAAAAAAAGACUUCCUAAAUGCAUUAAAAGAUGCUGAUAAAUACGCUAUAGGUUUAUCUUUAUUCAGUGACUUUCAGGAGCCUUUCAUUCAACAGGAUAGUGAUGUUGUCGAUGCUUCUAAAUUACCAAGACAAUUUAGAGAGCUAUUUGACCCAAAACUUGCCUUAAUGGACAACAUUGCAUUGAAUGAGCACUGUAAAAAGGUAUUUUUGUCAUUGAAUAUAACAGUUGAAGAAAUGGAAUAUGUCGAGCAGGUUACGAGAAAUCAAUCUGCCAGCAUAAUUUGGCACGAACAAAGAACAGGUCGAAUUACUGGCUCGAUAAUUCAUAAAGUUAGAUGCACCAGUUUGGAUUGCCCAUCGAAAUCCUUGAUACUUAGCAUUACCAAUCCUGGUUAUAAUGUAAUUAAUACUCCGCCACUAAAUGUAUAUUUUUAUUUUUGUAUAUAUUUUAUAAUAUACAUUUUUCAACAUUAA